GCUCGCGCCCAGCCGAGGGAGCCUCGGCAGCGCACCCUUGGGAGGGGGCUGCCCCGGCCCCCUCCCUCCGCCCCGGCCCCCAGAGACCGGCCUUCGGGGCGGGGAGGUGAAGUCACAGUGCAAGGUCGGGUGGGCGAGCAGCCGAGGACGCCGGGGUCCCGGAGCCAACAGAAGGUUUUGGGCUGGGACCCCAAAGGCCUGAGUGCAAGAUUCAGGGACCCCCGAGGCAAGUGGGCUAAGGCCUGGUCCCAGUGCUCCCUGGUCUCAGGAGAGCCCAGGAUGCCCAUCAGCUGCAGCAGCUCCUGAGCUCAUGGAGCCCUCAGCCACCCCAGGGCCCCAGAUGGGGGUCCCCACAGGUGUUGGAGAUCCGUCCCUGGUGCCGCCGGACUACGAAGAGGAGUUUCUCAGCUACCUAUGGCGCGAUUAUCUGUACCCGAAGCAGUAUGAGUGGGUUCUCAUUGCAGCCUACGUGGCUGUGUUCCUCGUGGCCCUGGUGGGCAACACGCUGGUCUGCCUAGCUGUGUGGCGGAACCACCACAUGAGAACGGUCACCAACUACUUCAUCGUCAACCUGUCCCUAGCAGAUGUGCUGGUGACAGCCAUUUGCCUGCCCGCCAGCCUCUUGGUAGACAUCACGGAAUCCUGGCUCUUCGGCCACGCCCUCUGCAAGGUCAUCCCCUAUCUACAGGCCGUGUCUGUGUCAGUGGCAGUGCUGACUCUCAGCUUCAUCGCCCUGGACCGCUGGUAUGCCAUCUGCCACCCUCUGCUGUUCAAGAGCACUGCCCGGCGUGCCCGGGGCUCCAUCCUGGGCAUCUGGGCGGUGUCGCUGGCUGUCAUGGUGCCCCAGGCUGCCGUCAUGGAAUGCAGCAGCGUGCUGCCUGAACUAGCCAACCGCACCCGGCUCUUCUCUGUCUGCGAUGAACGCUGGGCAGAUGACCUCUAUCCCAAGAUCUACCACAGUUGCUUCUUCAUCGUCACCUACCUGGCCCCGCUGGGCCUCAUGGCCAUGGCCUACUUCCAGAUCUUCCGCAAGCUCUGGGGCCGCCAGAUCCCUGGUACCACCUCAGCCCUGGUGAGGAACUGGAAGCGGCCCUCGGACCAGUUGGAGGACCAGGGGCAGGGCCCGGGUACAGAGCCCCCCCCUCGGGCCCGUGCCUUCCUGGCCGAGGUGAAGCAGAUGCGGGCUCGGAGGAAGACGGCCAAGAUGCUGAUGGUGGUGCUGCUGGUCUUUGCCCUCUGCUACCUGCCCAUCAGCGUCCUCAAUGUCCUCAAGAGGGUGUUCGGGAUGUUCCGCCAAGCCAGUGACCGGGAAGCCGUCUACGCCUGCUUCACCUUCUCCCACUGGCUGGUGUAUGCCAACAGCGCCGCCAACCCCAUCAUCUACAACUUCCUCAGUGGCAAAUUCCGGGAGCAGUUUAAGGCUGCCUUCUCCUGCUGCCUGCCUGGCCUGGGUCCCUGCGGCUCCCUGAAGGCCCCCAGCCCUCGCUCCUCUGCCAGCCACAAGUCCUUGUCCUUGCAGAGCCGGUGCUCCGUCUCCAAAAUCUCAGAGCACGUGGUGCUCACCAGCGUCACCACGGUGCUGCCCUGAGUGAGGGCCAUCCCGGUGGCUCCAGGAGGUGCAAACUGUUCCCUGCCUGGGCUGCUUUUCCGGCUCCUGGGGGACCCACCCCCGCUCCUGUAGAAAGACUGCUGGAUGCAGUGCGAGACCGGGGCCGCACAUCUGGUUUUCUGCCUGCUGAACGCUGGGCAGUGUCACUUCCCUUCUCUGAGCUGUGUUGCCUAAGCGGGAUUGAUGUGAGGAUUAAGCAUGCUUACGAAAGUGGAAAGCUCUUUGCAAACUGUAAAGUGAAAUGAACAAGAUUAUCCCUGUAUUCCUGUCGCUUGGCCAUACCCCACAGUACCAUCCAUCCUGUCAUCUUUCCAGAGCUUGACCUUCCUCCCAAAGACCCCCCCUUACCCAAUUACAGGUCUUCCCCAGAGUCUGCUAUAAGGGUCCCAGUGGGCAUUUCCAUCUGGUCCAGGGGCUCCCUGAAGUCCAGGCUGCGCUUGGCCAGCCGCUCCUUGAGGCCAGUGUGAACUAGUCUGAGCCCCAUCCUCACUGCAUGCCAAGCGCACACACCGUAAACUAGACCCCGUAGGUUUGGGGGUGUGAUAAGACACUCUCCGUGGGGCCAUUUGGCAUGGAGGCCAGAGGCCUGAAGCAACUGUAAUUAAUAGCCUGGCACUGAAUGUUCCCUUUCCUUGCCACUGCACAAAAUCUGUGCUUCUUAGGAGUGAGAAGGUGGGAGGCUGGGGGAGCGGAGAGACAAGGCAGCGCUGGCAUGCAGCGAUCUUCUGACCGCUCCCACCUCUCCUCCCUGACACACGAGGUCCCAGAUGGCCACCGGCCAGGCCUCAGAGCGCACCCGCUGCUGCCCCCUCACGCACCGCAGACCCUCUGAUGCCAGGACCUCGAUCCUGGCCACAUGUGUCUGUUCACGGGCCAGCGGCCUACGGAAGGUAAGGGGGUAGGGUGGGCGGACAGCAGCGCUAACAGAUUGAUUGAGUGUUAUCUUCACCUUCUUGGAAAUCAGGGCUGGCAUUUAUUUUCUAUGAACUCACAGGAUGAAAAGAGAAAGCCAGAGACUUGGCUAGACGUGCCCCGUCUGCCACCAAGAUGAUUAGAGGGCUGCCGGAGGCCCUGCUCCUUGCUGCCAGAGCGGGAGGUAGAACGCAGGCUGAAGGGCUCUCUGCUGGGAGGAGCGGGAGACGUCCAUCUGGCAGAGGCCGGUUCGGCCGUGCGCCGCUCUGCUUAACCUGAUUAAUGACCUCGCCUGUCCAGAAGUGGGGCAAAACCCAGCUCCUGUCAGGGGCCCAGCCCAGGACUGCUUUGGCGCCCCUCCUCGCAGGCAGAGCAGGUGGAGGGAGUGGUCCGAGCACACCAUCCCGCCCUCUCUCCAGGUGACUCGCCAGCCAAGCUCACAUGAACAUUUCCACCGAGGUGCGGUGGCUGCCAGACCGGCCGGGCUGUCCCACCCACGCCCCACGCCUGCUCCCAGCUUUAUCCAGUUCGUAGCAGGCAUGGAGGGGCAGCGUGCAGAAUGAGGUGUGAGGGGUGGCCCCCAAGCUCGGGAUCAACCAUGCCCACAAGGCCGAACCCAGGUCCUGGACACCUUGGGGCAAUAGACUACGACCAGCACUGUUCUAGACACGGGUUUCCGUAGACACUUGGCUCAGUGGGAAUUAAAAAACAACAGCAGUUUCCCUAAUGGCGGCAGUUCUGCUCUCUUCUUUGCUGGUUGAACCCAGCACCCUGGUGGCCUCAGGCCCCCAUUUUGGGGGACUUGGUGAACUGGAGAAAAUUCAGGGGAGAUGAAAGCCCUGGUGAAUGCACCAGGGGAGGUGGCUUCCCCAGGAUGCCAAGAGGAGUGAUGCUUAGUGAAGAGCUUCUGAAGGCCUGGGAUGAUCCAGCCUGAGGGAACCUGGGGCAGGUUCCAGUUACGAGGAGGGCCGCGUGCAGAAAGGGGUGAUAUAUGUGCUGGGUGGCCCAAGAGAGACAAUCUUAGGCAGCGGGUGGCAUUUUCAAGGUGGCAGGAUUUGGAAUCCACCUCAGAAAUUCCUACCAGUCAAGGAGGAAAUGGGCUGCCUGGAAAGGCACGGAGUUAUCUGUCACGGGAGGCUGGCAAGCGGAGGCCAUUAUCACAGCGGGGAGAUGGAGGGGAGUCUAGCUCCGAAUGGGGCUGGCCUCUGGGAGCUGGAUUCCAUCUGAUUCCAGCACGCUCACAUGACAGUGUCCCAGAGAACAGGGCUGAACUGGCUCAGCCCCACAUGCCUGCUGGCCUCACUGAGCUGCUUCCCAAACAAGCAGGGAGGAAAGCCCCGCUUUCUUAUCUCCAUCCCCAAAGCAAAAGGAUUAGCUCACCGUUACCCAUCGUAAGGUCCCCCAAGCAAAUCAAAACGUCUGGUGUCUUGGCUUUGGAUUGAAAUUCUGUCGGAUUACUACAAAUGUUUGGUAUAGACUGGUUAUUAUGCUCAUCUCAAGAUCCAGCUGGCAGUACAGAUGUCUGUGAUUAAUAAAAAUGGGGGGAAAGUUA